GAAAGGGCCAGAGAGAUUGGACUGGAUGUACGCGGCAGGUCCUAAUCAAUCUAGUUCAGCCAAAGCCCAAGAAAUGGAGGAUUUAUUGUUGGGAAAGAAAUCUGUGGAUAAACUUAUUGAUAACGGCACAGCUUUGAGUAAGCUCUCCUCCGAUUCAAAGGAUGUUUUUAUAAGUACUAUGAAUCCAAAUGCAAACACAUAUAGGGAUACUCAGGCUAAAAUCCGUGAGGAUCCCCUAUUACUUAUAAAGAAAACUGAACAAGCUAAUAUUAAAGCUAUUGUUACUAAUCCUCUUAAAAUGAAAGAACUUAAAGAGUCAAAAAGGCGAUAUCGGUCUCGCAGUAGGUCUAUAUCUCCCCCGAGAAAACGUGAUAGGCGUAGCAGUCCUAUACGACGGGAUUAUCAUGAAAGGAAUGAUCAUCGUCAUAAUAAAUCUGAUGAUGAAUCAAAGCGAAUGCAAAAACUACAGCAAAUGAUGGACGAUGCAAAAAAACUUACAGAAGAACGUAGGAAACGUGUAGAUGACAUCAAUAAGGAAGAAAAGGAAGAGGAAACUAAU